GUCGGCCCAGUGCGCAGGCGCGGGAAAGUUAAACUUCCGAGGUAAAGUUUGGAGAAGUUGAGUGAAAGCGUGUGCUCCAGUGAGACUGGGGCAGAACCCCGAGCCAGGUACUUCCAUGGCCGGCUCUGAAGAGCUGGGUCUUCGAGAGGACACACUGAAGGUUUUGACUGCCUUCCUUAAGCGCGGUGAAGUUGCUGGGUCCCCUGUCCUAACUCCACCCAGGAGCCCUGUCCAAGAAGACACAACAGAUUUCCUGAGCCGCCUCCGAAGAUGCCUCCCUUGUCCCCUGGGGAGAGGAGCUCCUCCCAGGGAGUCCUCUAGGCCCUGCUUCCUUCCCCUCCGUCCCUGCUAUGGUUCAGAGCCUGGCCCAGCCACUUCAGACUUCUAUGCCCUGGUUGCCCAGCGUCUGGAACAGCUGGUACAGGAGCAACUGAAAUCUCCGCCUUGCUCAGAGUUCCAGGGACCCCCACCCACGGAGAAGGAAGCCCUGCUAAGGAGGCUGGUAGCCUUGCUGGAGGAGGAGGCAGAAGUCAUCAAUCAAAAGCUGGCAUCUGACCCGGCUCUGCAUCGUAAACUGGCCCGCCUGUCAGCAGGCUCUUUUGCGCGCCUUGUGGAACUCUUCUCUAGCCGGGAAGGAAGCUCCUCCCCAAACUGCUCCAGCCCCUCGAUGCCGUGCCCGGGGCCCCCACCACCAUCCCCAGAUCCACUGGCACGCCUGGCACUAGCCAUGGAGCUGAGCCGGCGUGUGGCUGGGCUUGGGGGUACCCUGGCCAACCUCAGUGUUGAGCAUGUACACAGCUUCUUGCCCUGGAUCCAGGCCCAUGGGGGCUGGGUAAGUCACACACACCCUGCCAGGUCUCAGUUUAACUACUGCAGUCUUCCAUUCCAUCCAUCUUGUGCUUGUUGAACACAUGCUGUAUGCCAGACACUGUGCUAUAAGAUCUGUGCCCAUCUGGCUGAACCAACAUUUGUAAGAAUAGCUCACCUGCUUCCCGUCUCAUCCUCCCCAUGGUUUUAGGGCGGCUGUGUAGUGGAAUGGGAUUCUUCAAGGACGCACAGGGUGCUUAUCUAGUGACUUCAGUCUCCAGCAGUCUUUGCCCCAUGGCUCUUCCUACAUACCCCUGCUUCCUAUGUUGAGUAUCAGCUCACUGAGGUCUUCACUGGCCACUGACUGUUAUUUUAUACACAUAUAAUAGAAAUAAAUCUGUUUGGCAUGAUGUCCUACUUUUAAUCCAAGGAGUCAGAGGCCAGCAGAUCUCUAUGGGGUCAAGGCCAGCCUAGUGUACAUCGGAAGUUCCAGACCAGCCAGGGUGGUGGUGUAAUAGGGGAAGAGAGGGAAGAGAAGAUGGUAUCUGGUAGUGCAAGUCAGACAUCUCAAGUACCAGAGAGGCUGAGGCAAGAACACCUACAUUUAAAGCCAUCCUUGGCUGCAGAGGUUCAAGGUCAGACUAGGCAACUUACUGAGAUCUUGUCUUAAAACACAAAUGAAAGGUUAGGAUACAGUUCAAUGGUAGAGUCCAGCACUUCAGAAGGAGAGAAAAAAAGUGUGUUCUAGAGACACAGCUAGGCUCAGAAGGGUCCUUGGUCACCCUGAGACGGGGGUUCUGAGAUAGUGGUAGUCUAUGCACAGCCCCAGCCUUCUAGAUAGACCAGGAAAGGCCUGGAGAUGGGUAUCAGUCCCAGCAGGAAGGACUCUGGAUUUCAUUAGUUGAUGAGGGUGCAGGUUCUACCAAGAAUGAAUGUGGGUACCAGGUCAAAGAUGCUGUUGUGAGCAUCUGUUGGGCUCCUCCUGCAUUCCUUGGAAUGGAGAGGUGAGGAGUGGUGGACGAGUUCAGAUUUCACUGGAGCAGAAUGGAAGGAGAGGGACAGGUAGAGCUCAGCAAAGAAGCCAGCAAUCCUGCUUCUCUUAACAUAGAUGGCAGGAAAGCCUGGGAAGCAGAUUGGGCAGGGCAUCGUGGAGCUAAGCACAGUCCUUAGAGCAGGGACUGGGGCCAGUACAGAACAGACCCAGAAUGACUUCAGUGUCCCACUCAAGGGGUCUUUGUUUCUCCAUCAGUCUUUCCCUCUCUCUGGGUAUCUCCGUAGCUCUGGUCUCAGCCUCCUGUCCCUGUCCUCCCGUCUCCACCAUCUUUUAUCACUGCAAUGGUGUCAGUGAAGUCUCUGUCAGCUCAGGGCUCUCUGUCCUCUACAGGCAGGCAUCCUGGCCACCUCACCUGUGGACCUGAACUUGCCCUUGGACUGAGUGUCUCCUCUGACCCGGCUGCAGGUGACUGAAGUGUGACAACACACAUACUUAAGGGCUGUAGGGUGGUGAUGCCGUUUUUUUUGUUUUUGUUUUUUGCCAGAAACACUGUUUAGAAAUGUCUCUGUAUUAAAAGUUUUGUUCUUUAACUA